CAGAAGUGUAGCUCCUCCGCCAAGAUGUCCGCCUCCCAUGAAGACACGUUAGCCGAGCAUGAAGACGGCAUGGAGGAGCAAGAAGGAGAAGAAGACGACGACGAGGGAGUUGAGAUGGAAGCGGAGGAAGGUGAAAACGGAGACGGGGACAAGAAGGUGUACGUGCCCGGGAUUGAGCCGCUUCAGCCGGGGGAGCAGCUGGAGAUGGACCAGUCCGCUUACCGCAUGUACCAUGAGUGUCAAACAGGUGCACCGUGUUUGAGCUUCGACGUCCUGACAGACAGCAAUGGCGACGACAGGAAAGACUUUCCUCUGUCCAUGUUGUUAUGUGCCGGAACACAGGCGGACACAGCGAUGGCCAACAGGCUGCUGGUCAUGCGCAUGCACAACCUUCACGGAACACAGAAAGGAAAGGAGGAAGAGGAGGACAGCAGUGAUGAAGACAGUGACGAGGAGGAGGAGGAGGACGCGGAUAAGAAACCGCAGAUGGAGCUGGCCAUGAUGCCUCAUUUCGGAGCCAUUAACAGAGUCCGAGUGACGCGAUGCGGAGAUCAGACGCUGGCCGCCGUCUGGUCAGAGAAGGGACAAGUUGAAAUAUUUGACCUCCGACCCCAGCUGGAGGCCGUCCACAGUUCUGCUGCCAUGACGGCGUUCAUGCGGCAGCAGAAGGAAGCGGCGGCGCUCUUCAGCUUCUCAGGUCACAUGACUGAAGGCUAUGCCAUUGAUUGGUCGCCUGUGGUACCUGGCCGUCUUGUCAGCGGCGACUGCAAGAAGAACAUCCACGUUUGGGAGCCGCAGGAGGGCGGAGCCUCAUGGCGCAUAGACCAGCGGCCUUUCAGCUCUCACAGCAAGUCCGUGGAGGACCUGCAGUGGUCGCCCACUGAAGCUACGGUUUUUGCAUCGUGCUCAGUCGAUCAGUCCAUCCGUGUUUGGGAUAUCCGGGCCCCGCCCAACUCCAUGCUGUCAGCCAACCAAGCGCACGAGUCAGACAUCAACGUCAUAAGCUGGAACAGAACCGAACCAUUCCUCCUGUCAGGUGGCGAUGACGGGUUUCUCAAAGUGUGGGACCUGCGGCAGUUCAAGACGGGUCGGCCCGUGGCCAACUUCAAACAGCACAGCGCCCCCAUCACCUCGGUGGAGUGGAACCCGGCGGACUCGAGUGUGUUCGCCGCGUCGGGGGCGGACGACGUGGUCAGCCUGUGGGAUCUGUCUGUGGAGUCGUGCGACGCGGGCGUCAAGGCGGAGGGCGUGAAGGACCUUCCCCCCCAGCUGCUCUUCCUGCACCAGGGCCAGUCGGAGAUCAAGGAGAUCCACUGGCACCCGCAGAUCCCCGGCGUCUUGAUCUCCACGGCGCUGUCGGGAUUCAACGUGUUCAGGACGAUAUCGGUGUAGUAGUACUCGCCUCGGAGUAUCGUUACUGUUUUCUGGCAAAUGAAAACAAAGCUUGAAAUAUCCCAAAUAGCUUUCUUUUUAAUGUUUCACUGAAAAACGGCAGGACAGUAACUGCAUUCAACCCAGCAAGUUCAACAUUGAAUUAACGAUGAUAUUUGAUUGUCUCAGCAUUUGUAUUAUUUUUCCCAGCCAAAAAUGGGCCCAAAAAAAAGCUUUGGUAGUGUAUGAAAAACAUGCAAAACAAUAAUAACAAUAACAAUAAUAAUAAUACAAAGUGGAUCUGAUCCAGAGAAGCUCACAUUGUCAAGACAUGGAAUGUGACACGAUGGAGAUGUAAACAUGCAAUAUGAGAACGUAAAACAUUUGGACAGCACACGUUACAAUAAGAGUUCAUCUACAUAAGGCACUUAAAAACAUUGCAUGGCAAAAUGAUACAAAAUGAUACAGCCCUCCAAAAAUACGCUCCUUCUGAAUGAACUACAGUGGAACCUGUUUAUGUCCACGCACCCUCGGACCGGUUGCCUGACGUAAGCGCUUGUCGGCAUCAUCGGAGCCGAAACUGGUCGCCGCUUGCACGUUUCCUCGGGGAGAGUGGGUGCACAAUAAAGGGUGGUUGUUGACGUGCAUGUUUUUAAUUUCGCUUCUAAUGCUUUCAUAUAUUUUACACCAGGGGUGCCCAAAGUGCGGCCCGGGGCUUUUAGAAGUAAAUUCAACCAAACAACCCACCAUAAACGGAGGAAGAAAGGCUGUCAACAUAAGCGGGUUCCACUGCGAGAGGUACAGUGGUAGGGGUGUCACCAGACACUCGAGAUUAGGUCUCCCAGAGGGGAUGAGAUUUUUUUAACUAAUUUAAUUUAUACUAGAGACCGCAUGACUGACAAAAGGGCUCACUCCGUUCAUGCCGUUGGUCUAUGGCACAAACCCACCAAGGUGCUGAAAGCGAUGCACAGAGUGAACUUUCAUUCUGCCUUGUUUGGAGGCGGGAGAUGAGGAAGACAGACACAGAUGGCAAUAUAUUGGCUUUAAAUCAUUCAUGUAGCAUUUUCUGACUAUUUAAAGGCCAGCAUGUAAGAAAAAUGAUUUCCAUAAAAUAUAUUUUAAUAAGUAUUUGCUUAGUAGUAUUUUUCUAGCUUGAGGUGGAUCAACGAUUGGCAGCAGCACACGUUCAGGACAUUCACGCUACUUAUUUUUCACAUCGUUAACGUUUUCGCUUUACGCAAAAAAACCCCUCUCUAAAAACAGUUAUUUUAACAAUUUAGCCUAACAAUUAACAUUUUAAACCAGUCCAAAGUCAAAAUGCACAAGUCAAUCAGGACAUUUAGCAUUCCCAGCACAUAGCGCUGUCAUGCUACGUGUCAGCAUGCUAUGCAGUCGCCUUUUUUAGAUGUUUUUACAGUACAAACUUAUUGAAACACUUGAGUGCUACCAUAUAAAGUGUUAGCACGCUCCCGUUAGCAUGUUAGCAUAGCAUUUUGUUUUAGCCAUUUUCAUUAAAACAUUGGCAGACACUUUUAUGCUAGGUUUGGCAUGCUAACAUUACAUAGAAACAUUAUAGCCGUUUUCAUGAGUAGAAACAAAUCUAAAAUAUAAACAGUGCUAUCAUGUUAGGUGUUAGCAUGUUAGCUACAUUAGAGUAGUGGCAUUUUUGUGGCAAUAUAUUGAGGCUGGCAAAAUGAUCCAUUUCAUUUUCAUUUAGUGUGACUAAUGAAUGACUUUUAUGGUCCCAGGCCGAGUGCCCACGAGGUUGUUUUUUUUUCUGAACGAGAAAUCUUGUGACACCCCCAAACAGCGGCAUAUCUGUCACCCUUGUCGAGAAAACAGCGUGUCCCCCCCCAGCAGAGCAACAGAGUCUUUAUGCUUUACAGCAAGUUUGGAUCCAGUCAUGUGACUGAAAACAUCCGCACCCCCAACCUCAUAGGCCUAUCUCGUCGUCAAACUCGUCUUCAAACGUGUAGCCCCGCCCUACUUCCUCCUCAUCCUCCGAGUCAGUCUCUGAGUGGCUGCUGCCCACCCUCCUCCUGUCCAGCUCGCUCACACCAUCAAAGUCGGAGCUAUGGGACGAAGCCGGGCUGGGGGGCAGAUCCUUAUGGGCGGCGGCGGACUCCCCUCUCGUUGGACUUUCCGUCAGGUCCUCCUCUUGGAAGUCGAACCCUUGCCCCUCUUCCUCCUCGGAAGCCUGGCGGAUGAUCUCCUCCCGCUUGUCGCUGAAUCUCACCUUGGGUCGCAGCCCCUUGGGCUUGGGCCCAUCUGGGAUUCUGCCGUCGGCAAUCUGGUUCUCGUCCAGCCCGGCCGAGUUCUUUCCAUUCAGCAUCUUCCCUUGCUUUGUGUCCACAGGGGGUACGCCACCUUCAGGCCCGAACGCGUCUUCUACAUUGGACUCUAGUCCCAAUCCGUCCAUCACGCCUAGCACGUCCCCCAGCAUGGAAGGACCCAGAUCUAGAUCCAAGUCCAAGGUGAACGACGACACCGACUCAGAGUGCUCCAGCUCGUGGUUUUGUGGGGGUUCUUGAUAUAGAUCAUUGUGGUUUACCGGCGCCGGGUAUUCCACCGACGAUGACCCCGGGCUCCCCGCGUUGGACCCGGGCGGGCUGGGACCCAGAGUGGACAGGAAGGAGGUGUCCCCAAAGGCGUCGCCGCCUCUGCCGAUGUGCAUCGUGUGACGGAAGUCACCCAGGGGGGCUGAGAUCAUGGUGGGGUCCAAGCGAGAGGCCCGGGCGGAUUUGUGAAGCGGCAUGACUACUAAAAACAUCACAAGAGAAAUGGCAGUCAGAUGGGAUUUAAACCUGAAAAAAACUCGCACUUUUCACGCGCAUGCCAAAAUGUCCGCAUCCCAAAAACUGCUGUAAAGAUAUUUUGCAUUUGAAAACAUUUCCACUUAAAAACGUUCAUUUUGCAUCUUCUUACUAUUUAAAGGCCGGCAUGUAAGACAAAUCAUUUCCAUAAAAUACAUGUUAGCAUUGCUAACAUUAGCGUAGUAGCACUUUUAGCCAUUUUCACUAGUAUUAACAUUGGCAGACGCUUAGCGCUAGCAUACUCGGUUUUGCAUGCCAAUGUUAGCAUUGCUAACAUUAGCAUAGUAACAUUUUAGCCAUUUUCAUGAGUAGAAACUUAUAUAAAGUGUUAGCAUUGCCAGCAUGCUAACAUGAGCAUAGUAGUAUUUUAGCCAUUUUCAUGAGCAACAUCGACAGACACUAUCAUACAAGGUUUUGCAUACUAAUGUUAGCAUAGUAACCUUUUAGCCGUUUUCAUGAGUAGAAACUUAUAGAAACACUUCUGUUCAUGUUCGGUGUUGGCUUGUUAGUGCUAGCAUGCUAACAUUAGCAUACAAGCAUUUUUUUAACAUUUUAACAUGCGCAGACACUUAGCUAUACCAUGCUAGAUGCUGCCAGCUAACAUGAGCAUAGUAGCACUUUAGUUCCUCCCACAUUCCAAAAACAUGCAUGUUAGCUUCAUUGGAGACUCUAAAUUGUCCAUAGGUAUGAAUGUGAGAGUGAAUGGUUGUUUGUCUAUAUGUGCCCUGCCAUUGGCUGGCCACCAGUCCAGGGUGGGGGGCAGAUCAGCUGGGAUAGGCUCCAGCAUACCUGCAACCCUAGUGAGGAUAACAAUUAGCAUAUUUAAGGCACUACUUUUGGUGUUUAAAAAAUCAAAUCUUCGGGAAUUUUCUUAUAUUCUGACUUUAUUCCCAUUAUAUUCCAUUGCCAUCAUAUUAGAACUUUUCCCCAACCUCGUUUUCCAAAAAUGAAAAACUUUAUUUGAUUUUGUUUGUUUCUCAUACCAUGACUUUCCAAAUAAUAAUAUACUUUUUCUUUCUUCUUUUUUCACUUCUGCGUCUACAUUUUUUCUUGUAAUUGUGACUUGACUCUUGUCGUAUGUUGACUUUAUUUCUAUACUUUAACUGCCGCAACCUAAUUUGGAAUGUAUUUACUUCUUCUCAUUCUAUUUUCUUAUUUUUCUUAUCUCCCCUAGCUUGCUUUGUUUGUUUUUCUAUCUUUUCAUCAGAUUUUUAACGACUUUAUUGCAGUGAAUUGACGCGGAUUGCAUAUUAUAUCAUCCUGAGCGUGCUUCUUCUAUCCCCCCCCCCCAUCAAAGAUGGAUUGGGAAUCCAAUGACUCGGAUGGAUGUCAUGUUAAAAAUGUUUCCUUAACAAACAUCAACUUUAUGCUAAAUGCGCCAAUAAAAAAAUAGCUGCAGGGUACACUUUGGACCCCCCCCCUCCCUUUGGACACGCGUAUGAAAGCCAUGAUAGAAGAAGAAGAAGCCAUGCUGGGACUUGUACUUCAACCUUGCAAUGCCAGCACAUACUUUUGUCAGCCCUUGGGGUGGGCGCAUGUGGACAAAAACAAGUAACUCAAAUGUGUGUGCGCGCGCGCGU